ACACAUCAAGAUGUGACUGACUAUAUGAAUAGGGCACCCGAUGCUCUCACUUGAGAACAGUGUCAGUGAAAUCGAUUUCAUCACUUGUCAGAGAAGCUCACAUGGUUAGAGAGAUGAACUUAGAGGGGGACAGUGGUCUGUCAGUGAGCUGCGGCAACGGGAAACUUAGACAGUGGCUGAUCGAUCAGAUUAACAGCAGUAGCUAUCCCGGACUAGUUUGGGAGAAUGGCGAGAAAAGCAUUUUCAGGAUCCCGUGGAAACAUGCGGGCAAACAGGACUACAAUCGAGACGAGGAUGCUGCACUCUUCAAGGCCUGGGCAUUGUUCAAAGGGAAACACAGGGAAGGAGUGGACAAACCAGACCCCCCCACAUGGAAGACUAGACUGCGAUGUGCUCUUAACAAAAGUAAUGACUUUGACGAGCUGGUGGAGAGAAGCCAACUUGAUAUAUCAGACCCUUACAAAGUCUACAGAAUCAUACCGGAGGGCGCUAAGAGAGGGAUCAAGAUGGCAGAGACCACGUUACAUAUGAGCUCAGAGAGCAACUACCCCAUGCACUCUCUGUACCCAACUCUACACAGCCAGGUGUCUGGCAGCUACAUAGUUCCCCAGGAGAGGAAGGAGUGGAAGGAGUACAGCCACACACAGGACCACCAGCAGCAACCUCAGCCUCAGCACCACCAGCCACCCCACGUUGAGCUGCAGUACAGCCAGUGCCACUACCCACCGCCACUCAGCCGACUGUGGCACACCGGGCCACACACAGAUAACGGUUAUCAGUUCACUGGCUCCUUCUAUUCAUACUCCUCCUCAGAGUCCCACCCCACAGCAUUUACAAUGGACCACAACAUGGCCACCCUUUCUGACUUCCGACUGCAUGUGUCCCUGUUCUACCGUGAGGCUUUGGUCAAGAAGGUAACCACCUCUGGUCCUGAAGGCUGCCAGAUCACCUCUUCUUCCUCCUCCUCUUCCUCGUCUUCCUCUCCAUCCUCCCCCUGCCCUGAGGACAAGCUGUACAGCGGUGCAGAAGUGGUGCUGUUCCCGUCCCCUUACCCCGAGUCACAGAGGAAGGGGGCGGAGAAGCUACCCAACGUCCUGGAGAGGGGCGUGCUCCUGUGGAUGGCGUCAGAUGGGCUCUAUGCCAAGCGGCUUUGCCAGAGCCGAGUGUACUGGGAGGGCCCGCUGGCCCCGUACACGGACAAACCCAACAAACUGGAGAAAGAACAGACCUGCAAGCUGUUUGACACUCAGCAGUUCCUCACUGAGCUGCAGGGGUAUGCACAACAUGGCCGUCCCAUGCCCAGGCACCAGGUGGUGCUGUGUUUCGGCGACGAGUACCCAGAUCCCCAACGCCAGACCAAGAUGAUCACAGCACAGGUGGAGCCAAUGUUUGCCAGGGACCUGUUGUACUUCACCCAGCAGAACAGCAGUCACUACCUUAGGGACUAUGAGCUCCAGGGACACACAGAGAGCUCCCCUCCAGCUAUAGGAGACUACCAGAGGACCCUCCAACACAUGCAGGAGUAACACAUACAAACAUGCCUCAGGAGCCAUGGACAUGCAUGUAGAUAGACCAAUGAGCUUAACUUCACAACUACUGUAAUGUAUACAGUAUACUCAGGUCUUGGACUAAAAUGCCUCACUGUGAUUUCAACGUAAGACUGGACUGUGCCUCCAUCAUCCGUGUCAACAGUUUGAGCCAAAGAUGAUCAAAGAUGAAAGUAUCUACCCUAGUUUGUACAGCCUUACAAUUAUGUUUCUAAUCAUCAUUUAUUUGUCUUUUUUUAAACAAUAUGGAAAACUGAUAUUAGUAUUUUGAUUUGUAAAUCUUUACAUGGCACUUCUGUUGUAAUAGUUUUGUUUCAAUAUCACAUCUGGAUGUGAGUGUCUAGGUGAAUGUGUUUGAUUGAUUGGUUGAUUUGCAAAACCUGCUCGAGGUAGCUGUAGAUAAUUGAAGUGAUUGGUUUUAGGCUGACACUAGCAUUGGUUCCCACUUGAUCCUUGAUACAUUAUAGCUACAAAGUGUGUGGUGUGUGUAGGCUUAUCACAAGAGAUAGUGUGUUUUCCGGGGACAUCUGUAGGAAACCCACAACACCCCCUAACCUGUGGUAGUGGUGUGGGGGGCGGAGGUAGCCUGCCCCUGUCUCUCUCUCCCCAUCUCUCUCUCUUUCUUUGUCUCCCUCUACAUUUUCUCUCUUGCUAACACUUGUUUUCAACGAGAGAGGGAUGCAUGUGUUUGUGUAGGUUUGUGUGUAUGUGUGUGUGUGUGCGGGCGUGCAUGUGUGUGUCUGCAUGUGAGAUUGUGACAGUGUAUAGGAUGCGGUUUGAGGGGACGAGGACCAAUGUGAAGCAGAGGGCGACUGACAGAAGCAGGAAGCACCAGUCACAGGUGCACAGGAAGUGGAGUAGCCCUCAGGAGAAAGGGAGAAGAGGCUUAAUGUGACCCAUUUCCAGAAGCUAGGCAUAUGUUGCACGUCACUACUUCACAGGAGAGGCAUUUUAAGGAAUUUUUUUAAUUUUUAUAUCAAAAUCGUUUUUU